AUGGUAGAAACAGUUCUCGUAUUUGGUGCUUCGGGCAACGUUGGAGUAGCAGCCAUCAUUGGAGCUCUCAGCUCCAACCGUAAGGUCCUCGCUAUUGUCCGCAACCAAGCCAGCGCCGAAAAGAUCUUCAGAUACGUUGGCAACCGCGACAACAUCACGAUUGUAGAAGCAGACAUAACUUCGGAAGACUCCGUACGAGGUGUCAUCCAACGGGUCCGUGACGGGGACCUGCCAUCUUUUCAGCAUGUCUGGGCUUCGCCUGGUGGGCUCGCCUGGGAAACGCCUACUCUCGAUCUCAAAGUUUCCGAGCUUCGGGAAAUUAUGACCGUCAACUUCGAGAAUUACGUCAUUGCCUAUAAAGCGAUCAUUCCCUAUCUUCUCGAGCAGGGCUUUCCCGGCAGCAUCUGGACUAUGUGUACCGGUGCCGCAGGUGACAUGGGGUAUCGUCUAGCCCCAGCCGUGACACAAGGCGCCCUUUACAGCUUUGCCAUCACGGCUGCCCGGGAAAACGAGAAGACAAACGUCCGGUUCAACGAGGUCUAUCUCGCCCACAGGGUUCGCCUCGAGGUCGAGAAGGACAAUCAAACCGUUGCAGGAAUGCGAAUCCCCCUCACAAGCUCCAGAGACUUUGCACCGUUGUAUGAGAAGAUUCUGAACAGGGCCGAAAUUAGAAGUAUUCAGGUUGAAGUGCGCGGUCCUGAGGAUGUGGCGGAGAUUUGCUAUGCGACGGUUUUACGAGAGCUAUGGGAGCUUUAG